AUGGACGGGAGUCUCCCCUUUGGCAAGGCGGGAAAAAAAAGGGGAGGGGCCAGGGCGGCAGUGGGGGGGCGUGUGGGGACGCUGGUGGCGGGGGGGUCCCGAUGGAGCCCACGCCCCCCCCCCCGGCGGCAGCGGGGGCAGCUGCAGUGCAAGAACCUGCACGAGUUCCUGCGGGGGCUGAGCCCCCCCGUCCUCGACCGCCUCUACGGGCACCCCGCCACCUGCCUGGCCGUCUUCCGGGAGCUGCCGGGGCUGGCGCCGGCGGGGGUGAUGCGGAUGCUGUUCCUGGAGCAGCCCCUGCCGCCGGCGGCCGUCGCCCUCUGGGUCAAGAAGGAGCACAGCAAGGAGCAGGCGGAGAGCCGGGAGGUGCUGCUGGCGCUGCGGCUGUGGCACCCCCACACCCUGCCGGGGGGGCGGCCGGGGGUCGCUCUGCACCCCAACUUCCGCCAGAACCUGCGGGUCGCCCUGCUGGGGGGGGGCCAGGCGUGGUCGGACGACACGAGCCAGCUGGGGCCGGACAAGCACGCCCGCGACGUGCCGGCGCUGGACAGGUACGCCGAGGAGCGCUGGGAGGUGAUUCUGCAUUUCAUGGUGGGGUCGCCCAGCGCCGCCGUCAGCCAGGAUCUGGCCCAGCUCCUCGUCCAGGCUGGGCUCAUGAAGAGCGAGGGGGGGGAGGCGCCGUGCAUCACGUCGGCCGGGUUCCAGUUCCUGCUGCUCGACACCCCCGCCCAGCUCUGGUACUUCGUGCUGCAGUACCUGCGGGGGGCAGAGGCUCGGGGCAUGGACCUGGUGGAGAUCCUGUCCUUCCUCUUCCAGCUCAGCUUCUCCACCCUCGGCAAG